AUGCACGACUUCAAAUUCUUCGUUCCAAUACAAAUUCCAUUCGAGUUACAAUCGGAUGAUUCACAAAUUGUCCCAGUGACUGAAUUCAGUGUGUUUAGAGAGGGCCGUGAACUGAUUCAACUCACUCUUUUCACAUCUUUCUCCAGAAUAUCCCAGGAGAAUCGGCUAUCAUCCGAAAUGAAAAUCUUUGUUAUUCUUGCUCUCAUUUUGAGCCUUCUCUCUGUGCCAACUAUGGCUCGUACCCGUUACAGCCAUAAACUUGCUGGAGGCUCUCCAUCACUUCACUCUUCUUCCGGUACUUUCCGCAAGGCUUCAUUCGAUAAAUGA